AUGUUUGGACCUUUUAAACCAUCAAAUGUUUUGUUUGGCGGAUUGCUAUGGAAAAUCCCAUGGCGCAUGUCACAGAACCAGAAAUACAGACAACGCAGACGUCUACGUGCGGUCGACAACGUGAUUGCGACGGUCGACCAGGCGCUGAAAGCAAAGGGGAUGACUACAAAAUACCUCGAGCGGAUGAAGGCCGAGGUGCCGCGCGAGUCGGAGAUGCUGCCGAAGGAUAAGUACACGAUGUUUACGAGGAAGAUGAAGGGUUAUCGGAUUGGAUUACAUCGUGUUGAUAAGUGGACUCGCCGGACGCUCAGAGUCAACCCCAAGGGUUUCUAA